ACUUCAUUCUACCAUGAGGUCUUCUACGUUCCUUGUGUUUACCUUCACGCUUCUAAUCAACUCUAUCCUCGUCUAUUGCGCUCCUUUACCAUCUGUUAAUCUCGUCAGGGCUGGCCUUGACAAUCUUCUCGAACGCGACAUGUCUAACUAUGCGGCAAAGCGCACCGAAACGCCAACGCCUGCAUUCUGGGGCACCACAGAGGAACCUCCCACUCGUCGAGAUGCAGGAGAUGACGUAUCAUCCGGCGACGACGGCCCCAUUGCGCUUUCCGAUGACCCUCACGAGUUCGUCUCCGCUUUCUGGAAGGAGGACGAGCUACCCGAGGAUCCUGUUUAUACCGAAGAUGAGGCUCUUCAGCCUCGGCUGUUGGGUGUUGAGUGAAACUGCUGCUGUGCAGCAGUAGGCGUCCGCUAUUAUUACGACUCAGACUCUGAUCGAUACCCUAACUUAUGACGUGGCUGCCGCGCACUACGCUUAUAC